UUAAUUCAGUAAACAGACACAGAUGACGCAGUAACAAAAAUAAGUAUAAGACGAAUUUAGUACUAUUUUCCAAAGUUUUGUUGUAUCAAACAACUUGUUUAGUUGGAAGCGUAACUACUUUGAAUAUUCAUCAUACAUUGCUGAAGUAUAUCGAUAGUGCGACAUGUCCUCUAUUCCUUCAGAGUUCCUGUUUCCUGUGGGCAUCUUAACGGCUAGUAUAUUAACGCUACGUCGCUACAAAAUCCGAAAAUGGGGCUGGGUUACGGACAGAUACUCCCUUAAGGGAAAAUUAUUUAUUAUAACAGGAGCAAACACGGGACUCGGCUACGAGACGACGAAAGCUCUGACUGCUCGACAAGCUACGACGAUUAUGGCAUGUAGAAAUAUUUCCAAAGCUUACAAGGCCAUUAGCCGUAUAAGGCAAGAAACCAGCGAGGGGCAACUUAUACCAAUGGAAUUGGACUUAGCGUCCUUAGAGUCGAUACGUAACUUUGCAAUGAAAAUUAAAGAAAACUACCCAAACUUUGAUUGCUUGGUGAACAACGCUGGUUUAGCAGCUCAAACACCCCAAUUUACAAAGGAAGGAUUCGAAAUACACUUUGGCGUGAAUCAUUUGGGCCAAUUUCUUUUGGUAGAUUUAUUAAAAGACAAUUUGAUUGCAAAUAGUUCUCGUGUUGUUAUUGUAUCCUCGCGUAUGCAUGAGAUUGAUGCCAACAUCGAUUUGGAAAGCCUCGGUAAAUGGGUACAAUACGGAAGUCGCCUGAAUCGAUUGUAUAACAAUUCGAAGUUGAUGAACUUCUAUUAUGCACGAGAGCUUUAUAAGCGAGGUUUCAACGUUCAUCUUUUAUGUCCAGGACUAUGCCAUACGGAUUUCUUCCGAAAUUAUGAUCCCAAAUGGUACCACUAUCUGCUUUUUUCGCCAAUUGUGUGGUUAAUGCUGCGAUCUGCCGAACAGGGUGCUCAAAACAUAAUUCAUUGUGCAACGGAUAGCACUGUUGACGAGAGACGCAAUCCCGCAACUGGGUACUUCAUAUCAAACAUGAAAAUGAGAAAAUCAAAGUUUCCAUUCGACGAGGAAAUUUCCCGACGGCUGUGGGAAGAAAGCGUCAAAGCGAUUGCAGCUAGCAGCAAGCAAAGUUGAUAUUAACACAAUUAAAAGAUUAUAUUAGAGCUAAUCUGUUUUGUAUAGAUUUGGUUAUAAAAUAGGAGGCUUUAGAAUACUGUACAAUGAUAUUGAAUCAUACUGGUGAUGGGAUAGAGGACAUGCCCGAUGUAUGCACAUAGAUAAUCUUACUAUUAUCGAUAGGUGUUCGAUUGAUGGAAUUAUGUACAUAGUCGCACAUACCAGCUAAUUAAUUUCAGUUAUCUGGCUAACAAAAAAACAUACUAACUUCAUUCUACUCAUCAGCACUAGCAUUUUUGCAACCGAAUGUUAUUGAUUUGCGACUUUUUUUUUUGGUUGUAAUAGUAUCGACAAAAAGUUAUUGUUGAAGAUCUGUUCGUAGUGAUUUGCGGCAAAGUUGUGGUGUUUGUGUUCAAAAUAUACAUGUAUUCCAAGGCUUGUGGAAAAUUUGAGUGCUGUUCGAUGAAGUCAAUAUACACGGAGACCUCGAAUUUGUACCAAAACUUCUGGAAUUAUCUGGGUUGCUCUAACAAUAAUUCUUUUCAUAAAUGUAGAAAUAGCAGGCGUUUUCCCUUCAGAAUGAUAAAACAUAAAUUGAAUUAUUCUGCUAUGAACUGAAGUUAAACAAAGUAUUCCUUUUAAUAACAUUUUUAAUGCUCUCGAAAUCAUUGCCUUAAAGAAAUGUUGUUAAAUUAUUAACUUAUCUUUGUUAGAAUUUUAAAAGUGGUUACUAACACUUAACUGCGUUUGGUGAUACGCUUAAGACUGCGAGCUAUUUCCACUAGCUCUAGCUCAAAUCAGCGAAUGACGUUUGAAAUUGGUGUGGCCACUAGAGGUGUAAUGACAUUUUUGUAUUUAAUAUUAUUUAAGAGAAAGUAUAUUAUCUAGCCAAUUUAAUAUCUUUUGUUAAAUUCAAUCAUUGACAUUAAUAAAUUUUGCUUGUGAAAUUUGACCAAUUUAA